AUGGGCAAAGGGAAGCAAGGCGCUAGCAAAACCGAGGGCGUAUGUGCCACAGAUGCGGCAACGGCUUACAAUCAGGGGCUAAAGCUCUGCGGAGAGGGGGCGUACGGAAAAGCGCUCUGUUCAUUUGAUCGAGCGAUAGCUUUCCGGGUGGACUGCUCACACUACUUCGCGGCAAGGGCCAACUGCAAGCAGGCCAUGGGCAAAUUCGUGGACGCCUACCACGAUUACGUCUCAGCUAUUCGGCUCAAUGCCAGCAAGUGCACAUACUUCUCCUGCAGGGGCUUGUGCCUGAUAAAGAUGGGGAAGCUGGACGCCGCUUUGGGCGACUUCACGAAAGCGUGCGAGCUGGAGCCAACCGUAGCGGUGCACCACUAUCAGAGGGCCUCUCUCCUCCAUCAUCGUUUGGCGAGGCCCGGGCAGGCCGUGAUAUCGUACGGCGAGUGCUUGGCAAACACGGGGGAGUUUGACUCGGCAAUGACUUUGCGGUGCCUUCACGCCAAGGGGGCUUGCCUCUUCGAGGAAGGUCGCGCGGAGGAAGCAGUGGCAGACUUGUCCCGCGCGGUGGAGAUGUCUGACCCCUCACCGGCAUCCCUGCAAUACCUGGCUAAAGCGCUCAAGGCGGUGGGGCAAGAGAAGCGUGCACUGACUGUUCUCGGAGAGGCUCUCAAAAAGUGGGAACACAUGGCACCGGCAGCACAACUCGGAGGAGGGCCCAGCAGCGACAACACAGGCAGACACGAAGCUUUCUUCGACAGGGGUGUGAUAAGAUUGGGUCACGGGGAUGAUGCAGGUGCGCUGUUGGAUUUCAACAAGGCCGUGGAAUUGUCGAACGGGGGCAGGGGGGAGUAUUUCGUGCAGCGUGCACGAGCCAGAGCAAGGGUGGCCAUGAGAUCCGAAGGCCGCGAGGAGGCCAUGGCCGGUGUUGAGGAUAUCGAGAAGGCAAUGGAACUGGAGAGCAACAACCCGGAGUUUCUCUUCACGGCGGGGGUGCUGUGUUCCAGAAUGGGGGAGUACGAGCGAGCGAUGGGCCAUCUCCAGCUCCUGCUUCGUUCUUUCGACAAGCAAGAAGCUGCUUCUACCAGGGAGAAAACCGAAACGGGCAACAAAGACGUCGCAAGCCGAGCUGCCUGCGAAUUUGAGAAUUUCACCGCGUCCAUAGCCGUUAACGGCCAGCGGCCGGAAGGGUUCUUGCUGCGUGGGCGAAGUCUUGCGGGCCUUUCCAGCCACGAGCAAGCGAUCAGGGAUUUCACAACGGCCCUCUCCAUUCUCGGAUCCAAGAGUGCACGCAGUUCUCGGACGACAAGCCUUCUUGGCGGCGCGGACGGAUGCUGCCGAGACGAUUCUGUCUCUCAACGCAAAGACGAGGCGAAAGGGGAUGAGAAAGAAGUCGAUGCGAGAAAUGCGAAACCCGAGCAAGAUGGCGACACCAAGGGCAACCGCACCAACCCCGAAGUUAUGCUGUCCGAAACCUGCUCGCCAAGAGUUGAAUACAACCGCGCCGGCACCGAUCCGCACGAAGCGAGUCCCGCAGAAACCAAGCACCCAGAAUCGCACGGCGAUGAGGGUCAUUUAGAGGAAAGUCGAGAAGCCAGUUGCCGCAGAGAUUCGCGAAGCGGUGAAGUUGGAGACGGAAUGGGGGAGGGGGGGUCAGUCGUCGGGGCUUGCCACUAUGCCAGGGCCCUCUCCCUUCAGCAGCUAGGGCGUCAUGCCGAUGCCGUCACAGAUUUCGACGUCGCCAUCUCGGAAGGGCCCGUCAGCUGGCAGCGUUUUUGGCACAGGGCUACGUGUUUGGUGGGACUCGGUGAAGCCUACCGGGCCUCGGCGGUACGGGACUUGCGAGCUUGUAUGUCCAUGGCGGAGAAAGGGGAGCCGCCACCGGAGAUGCGGAAUUUCCUGUUCCAAGUUGGUCUUGCGUACUUGAGACUCGGAAGGUUUGCGCUUGCCCUCGAGCUCUUCGACCAAGCUUGGAAAGAGGAGGUUCGGCUGCCAGAGCAACGAGACACAAAGACUGAGGGGCCAACGGAUCUUGGAUCGUCCCUACAGGCGCAUACGCUCUUCCGGAGAGGCUGGGCAAAUAAGGCUAUGGGGAACCUGGAGGAAGCCGCGGCCGACUUCGAAGCCGCCCGGCUACUCAAUCCGCACCUCUCGGUGAACUAUCGCAAUGCCUUUGACACAGAGCUGGUGGUAGUUGAUGAUGGAAAGCCCUUCACACAACCUCCGGCCUUGUUCCACAGUUGGUAA